AGCCCUAGAUCGAUAGGCUGAUAGCUGCAAAGCAAGGCAACAAUGGCAGGCGAGAUAGAAGCCUUCAAAUUCGUCGACUUAGAUAUUCUCCUCAGCAUAUGUGAGAGGAUUUCAACAUUGGUUCUGAUGCUCAUCUGUCCCGACUUUAAAGCUAUUGGCACAUUCCUCAUGAUCGCAACAAUCCUAAGAUUGCAAUACCUUGUGUUUUACCGUCUGAGUGCUAUCAUGCCUGAGCUGCCAGACUAUUGUUUUGCAGCUUUCGCUGAUCGGAUGCUUACCGUUGCCCAAAUGUUUUUCGGGUGGCCUAGUUUUUGGUAUAUAGUAAUUAUGGUUGGUUUGGGGAUGGUUUCAACCAUAUGCACUGCUUGCAACAUAUAUUCCAUGUAUUCAAUAACUCAGAAAGAGAAAGCUGAAAUUGAGGAGAAGAGGUUACUUGCUAUAGAAGCAAUUAAAGCAGGGGCAGCCAAUUCUGCGGAGCUUUUCGAUUUUGUAGUCUACCACUCUGAUUACUACAGAAAUUAUUUGAAUUACUACUCUGGAGAAACAGCAUAUGAACUUUCUUAUACAAGGAUUCGGGAAGACCUCCUUGCUGAUCAACUUGUAUAAUGUCUGGGACUUGGUGAUUUGAUCUUUAUGUUAGCUAGCAAAGCAAAGAAUGCAUAUAUUCUCAUGGAACCCCAUUGAUUUGGAUUUUGACAUCUAUUUUGCCUUCACAA